CCUGCACUUUUCUGUACGGACCCGAGACCAAAGAAGAACACAAGCAGGAAAUAGAGGCGGCCCUUGAGAACAAGAUGGAGCUCAAACUUGAAGUUCUAUUCUAUAAGAAAAAUGCUACAACUCCAUUCUGGUGCCUGCUAGAUAUUGUUCCAAUUAAGAAUGAGAAGCAUGAAGUGGUUUUGUUCCUGGCGUCACAUAAAGAUAUCACUAAAACUAAAACAGACGAGAUGGAGAUGGAUGAGGAUGGAGAAGAGAAUCUGACUGAAAAUCAGGUGGAACUGGAAGGUUGUUUACCAUCAAAUCACUAUCAAAGACGAAGGAGCAGAGCUGUUCUUUACCAGUUGUCAGGACACUACAGACAAGACAAGAUGAAAUCUAAACUUAAAUUAAACAAUAACUUGCUGCAUACGACGGCUCUACCGGAAUACAAAGCCGCAGCUAUUAAGAAGUCUCGUUUCAUCUUGUCUCAUUACGGUGUGUUCAAGACGUGCUGGGAUUGGCUGAUCCUCGUCGGAACUUUCUACGUCGCUAUCGUUGUUCCAUACAGCGCUACAUUUCGAGACACGGGGGAGACUCCUUUGUUCAACAAGACAAUCAUCACUGAUGUGAUUAUGGAGUCUAUUUUUAUCGUUGAUAUUAUCCUAAACUUCCGAACAACCUAUGUGAACAAGAAAGGCGAAGUGGUGGCGAAGCCGAAAUCUAUUGCCAUCAACUACGUCAGGGGCUGGUUCAUUGUCGAUCUCCUUGCUGCCUUACCUUUCGAUCUCCUUUAUGCUGCAAACCUCUACAGUAGAAAUACCUUGAUGCACCUUUUAAAGUUGACUCGCCUCCUACGGUUAGCGAGGUUGCUUCAAAAAAUGGACCGCUAUUCUCAGUACAGCGCCAUCAUCCUCACCCUGCUCAUGCUCAUGUUUUCCUUAGUAGCCCAUUGGAUGGCGUGUGUCUGGUAUGUAAUAGCUUUGGAGGAGAUCGAAGCGAACCCGUCCAACUGGGAUGUAGGUUGGUUACACCAGCUAGCAAUUAAAAUGGGAUACAAUAAUGUUAACGAAACAGAUAUCACAACUUCUUAUAUUACUGCCCUCUAUUUUACGACAACUAGUUUGACCAGUGUGGGUUUUGGAAAUGUUUCAGCCAAUACAAAUGCAGAAAAAGUGUUCUCAAUACUGACCAUGCUCAUAGGAGCCCUGAUGCACGCUGUGGUAUUUGGUAACGUAACGGCCAUCAUCCAGAGGAUGUAUUCCCGACGCUCCCAGUACCACACGAAACUUCGAGAUCUGAAGGACUUUUUUAGGCUUCAUCAGAUCCCCAAGCAGCUCAGGCAGAGGAUGACAGAUUAUUUCCAGACUACCUGGUCGCUUAACCACGGUAUUGACCCAAACGAGGUGCUCCGAGAAUUUCCCGAUGAGCUGAGGGGAGAUGUAUCUAUGCAUUUACACAAAGAGAUUCUUUCCUUGCCCAUCUUCGAGAACGCUCCUCAAGGCUGCCUCAAGAUGCUGUCCCGGCAUGUGAAAAGCAAUUUCUGUGCUCCGGGGGAGUAUUUGGUGCAUACGGGAGACGCUCUGACCAACAUUCAUCUUGUCUGCAAUGGCUCUAUGGAAGUCCUGCAGAAUGGAAUGGUGGUUGCGAUACUCGGCAAGGGAGAUUUAGUAGGAUGUGAUAUUACUGUAACAGGCCCGGAUCAAGUGCUGAAAUCUUCGAGUGACGUAAAGGCACUCACCUAUUGUGAUCUCAAGUGUAUCCACAUUCCAGGAUUGAUGGAAGUGCUCAAACUUUACCCAGAGUUUGCUCAGACUUUCUGCCAUGAUAUCCUACAUGAUCUCACCUACAAUCUGAGGGAAGGUUACGAAACUGAGAUGGAUGAAGGAAACGGUGCUCCGUCUCUGACACUACCUUCGAUAUCUGAGGAUGAUGAGAACAAUGACAGCGAAGGCACAACUCCAGCGUCACCCAUGUCUCCCUGCCUGACAAUCAAUAGAAAUAAAUAUGGAACCGGGUAUUUUCAUAGUACUCACUUUUACAAAUAGUUGAACUUUAACAGGAAAAAAA